GGGGACGCGUGGGCCGGGCGCCGAGCCGCACAACAUUCUCUGCUUAUUGUAGCCGGGAGGCCGGGCCAAGGCUCCCCCAGCGCCCCUGAGGCACCGCCCCGAUGGCGACGCCUCCCCCCCCGCCCCCCUCCACCCCAAGGACCCCCCAGCCGCGCCGCGCCGAGACCGUCCACAGCGCCGGCGGCGUCGGCUCGACGCUCAAAACGACGGACGCGGCGCUAGUCAUCUACUUAGCUGAUGCGUGGGCGGCCAGAGCCGUGCUAGGUGGCCGAAGGAAAUUAGAAGUCACGCCGUGGACGACAGUUCGGGAGACGAAAGCACUGGUCGCCAAGCUCCUGAAGAUCCCUCCGCAACGACAGCGGCUCUUCUGGCGCUCUACGGAGUUAGUUGAUGCUCGAACGUUGGAAGAAUCCGGAGUCCAUAAAUCGGGCGAGACGUUACUUUUUGACGUUUCUCACCAAGCUACGGCGAGUUCUCCGACUCUCGAACCGGUGUCGUGCGCCGCCAUCCACGAGGCGGAAGGCGCCUUGCCGCCUCCUCUAGGGAAGGCCCUGCUGAAAGCUCGACGGGGCUUAGUUGUCGGUCGACGCAAACCUGAAUUAGCUCUAGAUGGUACUGGAGGUACUUAUUUCUUGGCCGGCCUCGACGGCGUCUACGCGGGCUGCUUCAAGCCGUCGGACGAGGAGACGUUCUGCGAGAACAAUCCUCGCUUGUUCGCGGGCGAUUCGUCGGCUUUGAGGAGGGGCGUGAGGCCGGGCGAGGCCCACGCGAGGGAAGUCGCCGCCUAUUUACUAGAUGCGCGCAGUGGCUCGUUGGCCGGCGUCCCGGCGACAACAUUGGCAACCUCGUCCCACAAGAACUACGCUUAUGCUGAUAGACGCGUAGUCGAGAAGAUCGGGAGCUUCCAGGUCUACGUGCCCCACGACGGCGUCGCCGAGGACUUUGCUCCUUCCACCUUUGAUGUGGCGCGCUUGCAAGCCAUCGCGGCGCUCGACGUCCGCUGUUUGAACAGUGACAGGAACGCGGCGAACUUGCUGGUACCAAGCAACAAGAAGAAGGACAUCCGCUUGGUGCCCAUCGACCACGGUUUUUGUUUACCGGAAGUCCUGUCCAUCGAGUGGUUCGACUGGUGCUGGAUCGACUGGAAGGCCGUUAGCGAGCCGGUCGAUCCGAGGGUCAAGGCGUCGAUUCUGUCGUUGGACGCGGAGAAGGACGCGACGGCGCUGCGCGACGCUUUGGGGUUGCGACCGAAGUCGUUGCGGCUGUUGAUAGCUGCUACCAAACUAUUACAGAAAGGUGUUAGAGCGGGAUUGACCAUCCGAGACGUCGCGGAAUUAGUAGUGAAACCCGACGAUAGCUCGAGUGCGCCGGGCGGCAAAGCCGCCGCGACCAAGGGUCGAUUGGCGGUCUGCGUCACGCGCGCCAACGAUUUAGCUGACUUAGCGGUGAAGGAAGGCCGUUCAAGAGGUGCGAGGCCGCGCUUCGUCGGGCGAGUGGUCUCGCCGCCAGCCUCGCCAGGCAAGGACGAAGACUUGAUCAGGGCCGCCGUCGCCGUGAAAGCCGCCGCGCUGCCGGCCUCGGAGCCGAUCCGCAUCACGACGUCGGGAGCCUGGGGUACCGCGUGGCCCAAACCUCCGCAACGGUCGCCGUCGCCGUCGUCCCCCAAAGGCUCGCCGCGCUGGGUCGACGGGCCGCCGUCGUCCGUUCUGGAGAGACCGCGCGGCGUGCCGGCGUCGCCCAUGGCCAGUCGCUUAUUGUCCUCUUCCUCGGGAGAUGAUUCCGACCCGCGGGGCUCUCCUUCCUCGGCGUCGUCGCCGCCCCAAGUCACGCCGCCGUCGGAACGUAUUGACGACCAACCGCGGCGCUUCUCGGCGCCGCCGUUGCCUGAUGUGGAAGCGCGCCCGCGCACCGACAGUACCGUGGGCGAAUUGCCGCGGCCGACGCCCCGCAAGGCGCGCGGCUCGCCGCUCGUACGCCUGCAUUCGUGCCCGUCGCUCGCGGAGGCGGUCUCCGUGAAGCUGGUCGACCGCAAGGAGGGCCAGCCCCUACGGAGGAACCGUUCGCGAGGCGAGUACCUCGACGGGGCCGCGCUCCGCCGCCUGCGCUCGCAUGACGAAGUGGAGCACGACGCGCACUUCGCGCACUACCUCGACGGUUUAUUGGACGACCUCGUGGCCUGGAAGAAGCGGCGCGUCGACUACCCGGCGCUGUCGACGACGGCCUAGGUCUUUUUCCGCGCGCGGCCCGGACGGCCGUGCUGCACAAUUUGACCCGCACAAAAAGCAAAAUAUAAAAGCCAUUUCUUGUUG